AGUUUCACCGAAGACCAACACCAAGCGAAUCCCAUGAGAUCAUGUGUCAACGCCGUCUGUGUCAAUUUCCUCCGCUCAAAAAACCAAAAACGAGCAAUUUCCUCAGCAAAAGCCAUGUCGCCGCCGGCCGUCCUGGUUUCCAACGGCGCCGUCUCCCCGCACGCUCCUCCUUCCGCGGCUGCUUUCCUCGAGUCCACUCCGGGCGCCUACACUACCGCGCGCGCAUCCUCCACAGGCCUCAUCCUCUGGUGGCCACGCCACCUCCUCCGCCUCGCCGACUCCGCGCGCCUCCUCGCCCAAUCCCGUCCCCACCUCCUCGGCCUCCCUGCAAAGCCGCCGGGUGCCCUCUCCACAGCGCCCAUCGAGCCUCUCGUUAACCAAUCCGUGCGGGUCGGCGUCCACGAGAUGCGGAGCCGGAUGCUGGCGCUUGGGGAGUGCUGCCCGGGGGAAGAUAUGGCGCUCACAGCGUUGGUUCGAGCUGGUGGGGCGGCGGAUGGGCUGGAGGUAUGCGUCCACCUGGGUGUGUACGUGCCUCCGGUGUUCGGGGACGCCGGGGCGAAGCUUGCAGUGGCCGGGAGCGGAAGGGAGGCCGCCGCCGCCAAGUACGCUCCUUGGGCCAGGAUGAGGAAGAGUAUGGAGAAGAUGAGGCCUCCUGGAGCCACGGAGCUCUUGCUGACCAACGAUGGGGAUCAUCUUCUUGAAGGCAGUGUUACAAACUUCUUCGUCGUCUGCCAGAAGGAGGAACGUCAGUCAAAGGAACCCUUGUCUGUUCAAACAAUGGCAAAUAAGUUUGAAGUACAAACAGCUCCACUAAGAGAUGGAGUUCUCCCUGGAAUUAUGCGCCAGAUAGUCAUUGAGGAGUGCCAUGAUCUUGGGAUCCCAGUACGUGAGGUCUCACCGUCAUGGUCCAAGCGUGAACUUUGGGAAGAAGCCUUUGUUACAAGUAGCUUAAGGCUUAUCCAGCACGUGGGGACAGUUCAAGCACCUUUACUAUGGGAGGACAUAGAAACAAAAACCUGGAGGGAUGUAUCUUGGGCGGUGAAGCAAUUUCAGGGCGCUGGACACAUCACCACACUGAUACAGAGGAAAAUAUCGGAGAGAGCAAUAACUGAGGAAUAUGACAUAAACUAUUUCUUGUGAUUUAUCAGUUGUCAUGAUUUCUGGGUGAUGGGUCUUGGCUUGACCUUCAUUUGUUCUUCAGAUAAGGCUGCCUAAUCAAAACGGAGCUUCUAGUGUUGCCUUCAUGCAAGGACUAUUCAAGAAUUUAGAGAAAUGGUUCCAUGUUGUACGUGAGAGAUGCGUACCGUGUCCAGGGGCAGCUCGACUGGGCCGGCCCAUGAAGCUUCACCGCGGGACGAAAAAGAAAAGUCAGGCGCAACGAGGAUUCGAACUUGCGACCAAGUGCUUGCAACAGCGCAUACGUCGCCAACACACUAGACGCCAACACACUAGACUAGCACAGUUGGUCAAAGUGCAGCGCAUGUGUUAAAGAACUAAACCUGACUUGUGCACUGUAGCAAACAGUAACCAAUUACUGCAGUGAACCCAAAAUUACUUGUUGUAUUGA